AUGCGAGGAAAUAUUACUGGGAUAGCCUGGGUAGAGUACAGUAAAUCCAGGACAGUCAAUGGCAUGCCUCUCCCAGCUGGCCUUGUAUAUGAACAGAAGUUACCGACUCCACUGUGGAAUCCAUCCACUAAGGCUGCGAUUAGAGAUGAGGAUGAGAACUCCACAAAAGAACAAGCCUAUGAGAUUCUAGGCGAGAGAGUCGGGAGGAAAAUCGAGAAGCUCAGCCUUGAAAUCUACAGCAUAGCGGCGAAACAGAUAGAGGAAGCUGGUAUCAUUCUUGCCGAUACGAAGCUUGAGUUUGGCACGGAGGAGGAAAUGUUUCGUUUCCGGGUCAAAGAUAUUUGGGAGCAGAGCCUUGGACAAGCGCAACCUAGCGUCGAUAAGCAAUAUCUAAGAGACUGGUUGUUGGCGAAUGGGUCGCAGGGACAGGAGCCCAUCACGAUUCCCGAGGUUGUCGUUAUAAAGACUGACGCUAUGUAUCACGAAGCGUGUAAGAAACUCAUGGGAUAA